AUGAGGCGUGUCUUUCUGCCCUGGGCGGCCGCCGCUGUCUUCUUGCUGGGACACGCGAACGCUUCAGGGAAAACCAAACCGGGAAGUGCAUUGCAGCUUCAGGUGAUCAACUUUAAUUUUGAAACCGUGCAGGUUACCUGGAACACAAGUGCAUACGCCGGGAUUAACUUCACGUUCCUUUACAAAGUCGAUAAAAAGGAGGAAUACAGACCAUGCUCCAGCUAUAUCCUUCAACACGGUUACAGCGCUGGGUGCCUGCUGGAGGUGCAAAGAGAUGGGCCUCUGUAUUUUUCCAUCCGGAAUGGAACACAGCCUCUUCUCACCAAGAACCUAGCGAUCAGUGCUUACCUGAAACCCAGAUCCCCCGGCGACCUGAGCUUCCAGUGGCGCGAGGAGGCCGUGACGGUGACCUGCUCCAACCUGGGAUACAACGACCUCCAGUAUGAAGUCCAACACAAGACCGUCUUUGACGCUGUGUGGCAGUCCACAGAGGCUGAGACCUGCAACGUCACCGUCGACGGUUUGGAUCCUGAGAAGUGUUAUUUCUUCCGGGCCAGGGUGAAAGCCCUGGAGUUUGCCUACGGCUCAGAAACGUACCCCAGUGACUGGUCAGAGGUGACGCACCAGCAGAGGGGUGAGCUGCGAGAUUCGUGCUGGGAAAACAGCCUUUUCCCCAAAUUUAUUUUAAUUGCUGGCAUGGUCUCCUUCCUGACAGUCUUCCUUCUGCUUCUGUCUCUAUGGAAACUACACAGGAUUAAGAAGGUUCUCAUGCCCAGUGUUCCUGAUCCCAGGUUCUCCUUCUUGGGGCUCUUUGAGUCCCACCAAGGCAACUUCCAGGAGUGGAUCAAGGACACGCAGAACGUGGCGCCCCUGAACAAAAUGGAAGACGGGGAGCUGGAGUGCGCCCCUGAAGACGCCGUGGUGGUCCAGCCGGCUGAGGCAGAGACGCCCAAGACCGUGGGGAUGACGAGCCCCCUGUACCCACAGAUGGGGGACGAAGAGGCCACCGGGGACUCCGGCCAGCUCCCUUGCCAGCCGCCCCAGGGCCACGGGGUGGUCUCUCUUGGGGAUUUCACGUUUGUGAUGAACGACAACUCUUACAUGAUGUUAUGA